AGGCAAGAGCCAGUACCAAAAAAACAGGUGACGAUAGAUAUGCUUUGCUGAAUUGUCAUGGCGUUGGAAUCCAACCACUGUUACACUCAGUGUCCACCUAAUUCCUUCGGCACUUUCCCAGGAGAGGUUACACAGGGGAAGGUUAUGGCCUAAGCUUUAAAUGAAUUGCCCAUCUCCUUUGAAGUAGUGGACUCUCCACUCUCCACUGUUCGAAGUUUAUGGCUCAAGCUUUAAUGAAUGGCCCUUCUCUUCUGCAAGUAGUGGAGUAUCCACUGCGUAAUUUUAACACUUAAGCUUUUUUUGAAUGACCCAUGCCCAUCUAUUCCAUUCUGAUAUUUAAUAAAGCGUAAAUUCCCAGAAACAAAACCCUCCAAAGCCUCCUCCACACUAUAAAUCCCGCUACUCAUACGUCUAAGGAGCACAGGGAGAGAGAGAUGGGGUGGGCACUCGCACUACAUGGGGGCGCCGGCGACAUCCCCUUAUCGCUGCCACCAGAACGCAGAGAGCCACGGGAGGCCGCCCUUCGGCAUUGUCUCCAAGUUGGUGUUGCAGCUCUCAAGGCCAAACGAUCUCCCUUGGAUGUUGUUGAGCUUGUGGUUCGUGAAUUAGAAAACAACCCACACUUCAAUGCAGGCCGAGGGUCUGUUUUAACUACCAAAGGCACAGUGGAAAUGGAGGCUUGCAUAAUGGAUGAUACAAAGAGGUGUGGGGCUGUUUCUGGUCUUUCCACUGUCGUGAAUGCGAUCUCUCUUGCUCGACUUGUGAUGGAGAAAACUCCCCAUAUUUAUCUGGCAUUUGAUGGAGCAGAGGCAUUUGCAAAAGAGCAGGGUGUUGAAACUGUUGAUUCAAGCAAUUUCAUUACUCCAGAAAAUAUCGAAAGGUUAAAACAGGCAAAAGAAGCAAACAGAGUGCAGAUAGAUUACACACAGCCCAUUCAAAAGGAACCCACUGCUGAUGGUGAUAGCCAAAUUGGAACUGUUGGAUGUGUGGCAGUUGAUGGCAAAGGAAACUUAGCCACUGCAACUUCCACUGGUGGAUUGGUUAACAAGAUGGUGGGGAGGAUUGGAGACACCCCUGUCAUAGGAGCAGGAACAUAUGCCAACAGUUACUGUGCAGUGUCUGCAACAGGCAAAGGUGAAUCAAUUAUCCGAGCUACUGUUGCCCGGGACGUAGCUGCACUUAUGGAGUAUAAGGGACUUUCCCUGAAGGAAGCUGCUGCUUAUGUUAUAGAGGAAUGUGCUCCCAAAGGCACUUGUGGCCUGGUUGCAGUGUCUGCUACAGGAGAAGUCACCAUGCCAUUUAACACAACAGGCAUGUUUAGAGCUGCUGCUACAGAAGAUGGGUAUUGUGAAAUCGCAAUUUGGCCGCCUUCUGCAUGAAAUUGAGUGAUUCUAAGAUGCUACAUUCAGGUAGUUGUCCUCAAUUAGCAUGGCAAACAGAGACCAUAAUUGAAAAUUGUAGUAUUUGCAGGAAAAUGGUUGGUUAUUUGUACUCAUAAUACAUCAGUUCCAGAAUUGAGUCAUGGAUGAUGGAAUGGUCAGCAUCUGGAGUGAGAGAUAGACAGAGAAAUACUUAUUGACAGCCUUUGGUGAAAACAAAUUUGGCUUCCCAAA